UUUAAUUUUAUUUUUAGUGCUUUCUCUUGCUAUUUCUAAAAGAAACAGAACAACUAAAACUUGUCUAGCAAAAAAUCUCUGAAAGAGCAGCUAUGGGAGAAUGUAGACCUCUAGGCUUCUUACUAGGAUUACCAUUUGCUCUUGUUGCCCUCGUUCUCUCUCUCGUUGGUGCUGUCAUCUGGAUCAUUGGGACAAUAUUGAGUUGUUUGUGCCCAUGUUGCUUCUGUUUCGCUGCGCUGGCCAACUUCGCUGUGUCUCUCAUCAAACUUCCUGUCAAUGUCCUCCGUUGGUUUACCCACUCCAUUCCUUGUUAACAGCCAGAAGAAACAAGAACACUUCUUUCAUCUUAUUUUUAUUAUUAAUGUUCUUCCUAUUUGUUUUUUUGUUUUUUGUUUUUUAAAUUAUUUACUAAUUAUUAUUUCUUUCAUUCCUUCUUCUUGUGAUUAUGUGUAAUUUUCUCUUUGUUUUUUAAAAAUUAAAAAAUAAAUUAGUUAACUGCUUAA